CGUCUCUGUCGCUUCCUCUGCAGCCAGUACGAGGGGGGCGGCAAAAAAACAGCGACCGGCUGCAGGAGCGGCGCGCGCCUCUGGUAACCCUUCCUACCCACCGCUCAUCGUUACCAUUCACAUGCACACGCGUAGUCGCACAUGCACAGGCGUACGCGCACACACGGAAACAUGCAUACUGUCAUUGCAUAGAUGCAUGAAAAAAUAACGCCGCUGAAGGAGCCCCGCUGUUUUCCAGAGCCACUAGACUUCACUUUCGACCUCCCUGACAUCUUUUUUGGCCCUGAUCCGGUAAGAAGAUAGAAGCCCGAACCUCAGCUUCCAUCCGCUACAAUCACUCCUCCUGAAUGACGGGUGGCCGAUUCGACUUCGACGAUGGAGGCACGUACUGUGGUGGAUGGGAUGACGGCAAAGCCCACGGACACGGCAUCUGCACGGGACCCAAGGGUCAGGGGGAGUACUCCGGCUCCUGGUCCCACGGCUUCGAGGUAGUGGGGGUCUACACCUGGCCCAGCGGGAACACGUACCAGGGCUACUGGUCGCAGGGCAAGCGCCACGGACUCGGUGUGGAGACCAAGGGCAAGUGGACCUACCGUGGAGAGUGGACGCAUGGCUUUAAGGGGCGCUACGGGGUCCGUCUGAGCCACUCCACACCUGCCAGAUACGACGGGACGUGGAGUAACGGGCUGCAGGAUGGAUACGGCGUGGAGACCUAUGCGGACGGGGGUACCUACCAGGGCCAGUGGAUGGGCGGCAUGCGGCACGGCUACGGCGUGCGGCAAAGCGUGCCGUACGGCAUGGCCACCGUCAUCCGCUCGCCCCUCCGCACCUCGCUGGCCUCCCUGCGCAGCGAACAGAGCAACGGCACCGUCCUGUACGACGUCGCCUCAGCCGACACCCCCGCCAGCAGCCGUGGGGGCUUCGUCCUCAACUUCCACAGCGACAGCGAGGUGGUGACGGGCAAGCGGAAGGGCCUCUUCCGGCGCGGCUCGCUCUUCGGCAGCCUGCGGCAGCUGCGCAAGUCCGACUCGAGGACGUCGAUAUCGAGCAAGCGCAGCUCGGCCCGCAGCGACGCCACCAUGAGUCGCAUCAGCUCCAGCGACGCCAACUCCACCAUCAGCCUGGGCGACGGCGACCUGCCCGACGACUACUACCCCCAGGAGGAUCACGUGGACGCCACCACCACCGAGUCCUACAUGGGUGAGUGGAAGAAUGACAAGCGCAACGGCUUCGGCGUCAGCGAGCGCUCCAACGGCAUGAGGUACGAGGGCGAGUGGAUCAACAACCGGCGCCACGGCUACGGCUGCACCACCUUUCCGGACGGCACCAAGGAGGAGGGGAAGUACAAAAACAAUGUGUUAGUGCGCGGCGUGAGGAAGCAACUCAUCCCGCUGAAGAAUCCAAAAACCAAAGGCAAGGUGGACCGGGCCGUGGAAGGGGCACAGCGGGCGGCAGCCAUCGCCAGAACCAAAGUGGAGAUCGCCUCCUCAAGGACCUCCCAUGCCAGAGCUAAAGCGGAAGCUGCCGAUCAGGCUGCCCUGUCUGCCCGCCAGGACUCUGACAUCGCCAGGGCCGUGGCCAGGGAGCUGUCGCCAAGCUUCCGCCAACCAGGCCCUGAUUACAUCAAACAGCGGUUUAACGACCCCAUGGAGAUCAAGGAAGUCACUGAGGAGAAGAAGGAGAAGUGUUCCUCAGGGAGUCCCCAUUUCUACCGGAAGGGCACGACCCCGACUCACUCCCCUGCCCACAGCCCUCAGGCCUCCCCAGCCCCCUCGCCUCACACCACCAAGAAGAAGCCGCCCCAAGUCAACAGCAGCUUGGGCAGAAAACCCAGCAGAGACGAGACAUACUCCUUCGGCCCAAAUCCACCUGCCAGCGUCCCCAGGGCCGCCUCCCGGACGUCGUUCAGGCAGGAGGCCGUUCCCCAGAAACCCCCCAAGAAGGAGGAGCCGACAGCCAACUCAGUGAGUCCUGGCAACGGGCAGGUGCACUCGCAGUACCACAGCUACCACGUGAUGGCUGAGGUGACGCUCCCCCAAGAAGAGCCACGGGAUGAUCUGCAGGUGCCUCAGGGCCCCAAGCAGUUCGGGCUGCCGGCCUCUAAACCCAUCCUGGCGUUGCCGGCUUCCAAAGAAAGCAUGCCUGAGGCGAAACUCAGGAAACAGGAAUCUCUCAAGCCAAAGAGUCUUGUCGAAAUGAAGAAAGGCAGUAUGGAGAUCAGCAGCGACGUCGAGGAGGAGGAGGAGACGGGACCGAACUCAAUUUUGGUUGCCCUUGUAAUGCUGUUGAAUAUUGGUCUAGCAAUUAUUUUUGUCCACUUCCUGACAUGACAAAGUUGCGUCCUGGUGAAGUCAUGACAGCUAGCAGCAAGCGGCCUGAAGCUCCGCACCUGUAGAAACAAAAUGGCGGCAGUCAGCCUCAGACAUGGUCGAAGAAGGACUGGAAUUGGCGAGGAGCACAAGAGUAAGACGAGACGCGGAGCAUUCAGGCGGCGGCUGGCCAGCUCUGUGGCUCGUUUGGGUCCUGUGAAAAGUGAAGCUGAGUGGCCGUGUUGAGGAAAAAAAAUUAACUGAUUUAAAAUGAAGAACAACAAAAAUAAAACACAGAAAUCUGCUGAUUGAAGCCGUGAACAGCGUGAAGGGCACAGGGCCCGUUCCAGCAACAGAGAGAGAGAGAGAGAGAGAGAGACUUACCUGGAAAUAUCCAGCGAUGCACUUUUAGCUGACGGAGGCUGACAGCUGCCUUACUAUUUUGCCAUGUGACAUUCUAGCGGGGAGACGUGGGGCUGCACCUGCCAGAGGAAUUUGUUGAGAGGACCGUGCAUUGGGCAGGUGGGGGGUGGGGGUGGGGGGGAGCUCCCACAUCUCCCGCUGAGGGAAACCACGUCACCCCCCACACCCCUUGGUUCCGCCUUAUUCCAUCUCCAGCUCGCCCUAACGUGUCCCAUCCCGUGCCCCUGAUUCGCCAUACCCUUUGCAUGGUACACUACAUUACUAUUUUUUAUUCUUCGUUUGCUGUUUUUUUCCCCCUACGUUUGGAUUAUCAACCGUACACGCGUCUAAACCUUUUCUUGGAGCAUUACAAAUUCACAUUGAAGUUUUGAAUUCUCAGCCUUUUUGGUAUCAUAACACCAUAACAAUCAGUCAUAUUCUGAUUUUAAUAAAAGUGCAAUAUGUUUUAUUUUUUUAAAAGAAAGAGGGAUAUAUUUUGACACUAAAGGGUUUCUAGUUGUUAUUAUAACUGUCAUAGGAAUUACAUUUAAUUUCCUUUAUUUAGAAAUAUCAUAUUACACAGAGUGUGUGGAGCCUCACUUAAGGAGCCUACAGGGAGCUUCACCAGACGUAUAGGAAGCAGCCGGCACACGACGAGACUGAAUGCUGACAGAGUCUUAUCCUAUUUAUUGUUUUUAAGAAUACUAAUGCUAAUAAACUAUGCUGUGAUGUUGUAACAUAGGCAUCGCAUAUCGUGCAUGAGAAUUCUUAUGUUUUUGUUUUUUUUUGGAGAUAUUUGUUUGCCCCUUUUGACGAGGGGGGGGGGGG